CGCCUUUCCUGGACGACGAGCGACAGUCACACGGGCACUCACCCGCGCGACUGAGACCGGAGCCGCCCGACUCGCUCGGAGGCGCCACCGCGGACGCGGGUAUCGCCGCGCUCGAGACGGAGCGGGCGACGAAGGAUCCUAGGGAAACGGCGAAGGGCGCGGCCAAACAGCAGUUACAAUGGGCGCGGUGGGCAACGCGAGCCCCGGCGGGGGCAGCCUCCUCAUGGCGGUGGUCUACGGCAUCGCCUACCUCACGGCGGCGUCGACGAUCAUCCUGCUCAACAAGCACGUGCUCUCGGUCACGCCGUUCCACUACCCGAUCGCGCUCGCCUCCCUCGGCGUGCUCUUCGGCUGGGUCGCAUCCGUCAUCCUGGUGCACACCGGCGCGAUCUCGCUGGAGAAGCACAAAGACAUCACGCUGAGCUCGUGGCUCAAGAACGUGCUUCCGAUCGGUUUCUUCACCGGCGUGACGCUGGCGACGGGCAACAUGGCGUACUUCUACCUCUCGCUCUCCUUUCUGCAGAUGGCCAAGGCGCUCUCCCCCGUCGCGCUCUUCUUUGUCCUGACAAUCACCGGGCUGGACAGGUUUCACAUGAGCGUGUUCAUCUCCGUCAUGGUCAUCGUCUUCGGCGCGGCGGUGGCGGCGUACGCGGAGGUUCACUUCACCUGGAUUGGCAUCGGGCUCGUGGUCACCGCGGAGUCCUUCGAGGCGCUCAAGUCCGCGGCGUUCCAGUUUCUCCUCGCGAACAAGUCCUUCUCCAUGUGGGAGGGGAUGUACUUUGUGUCCCCAGCGUCGCUCAUCUUCCUCGGCAUCGCCAUCUACACCAUGGAACUUCAGGAGAUGAUCGAGGAGGACGCCUGGGGGCAGAUGAAGGAGCACCCACUCAUCUUCAUCGCGUGCGGCACCCUCGGGUUCGCGGUCAACUACUGUUCGCUCGGAGUCAUCAAGAACGCCGGUUCGCUCACGCUGAAGGUGCUCGCGCAGAUGAAGUCCAUCCUCAUCAUCUUCGCGGGUAUCGCCAUCUACAGCGACGUGGUGAGCCUGCAGACCGCGCUGGGGUACGCCACCAGCAUCGUGGGCUUUGGCUUUUACAACUACGCGAAGAUCAAGGCGAAGGAGGAGGACGAUAAGCUCGCGGCGGAGGAGGCUGGCGAGAAGGGUGGCGAGGAGGCGGGUUACGGCUCGACCAAAAAGUGAAGGGGUGUUGGCGCAUUCGUCCCGGGGGGUUGCGCGAUGAGACGGCGCGCGGUGGGGCGUCGAUGGCGAUCCCCCGAAAUUUAUACAGUAGCUCACUUGUUCCUUGAUAAUACCGAAUAUUUGCCCGGC